AUGCUCUCAUCCGGAAAACCCGAUACCGUCGAUGCUGUCUCCAGGUUUUGUGCCACGAAUGGAAGCAGAAUUGAAUGGGAUGUGGCGUACAAAAUAAAUUCGAAGAAGAAGCGUUUAGUUACAUUUUCCAAGGCACGAAGAAUCCUAUUUAUCAGGCUGCUAGUCCACCUCAGGCUGGAGCUGAAUAUGAAGAAAAAGUGUAACUCUCAUCCAACGGAACGCUGUGAACGACGCAAGGAAAGCGAACGGAACAGUCACACGCUUGAAACGGUGCUUGAGCGCAAACCUCUGAACUAUCAGCUCCCCCGUCCACAGAACGGAAAUGACAGACAUCUCGCGAAGAGAAAACAAUUACUAUCGAAUCCGACAGUAGAUGCUCACAUUGAGGGGAGCACUGGACUUAGAAACGGGCCCCAUGUAUUUCCAUUAGCAACAACCGCUGAUUCCGAUCUGUCUUCAACCGGCCUGCUUCAUUGUUGCACAAAACUGCUCACCCAAACGCAUGACACCGGAAGCAAAGAGUUUGCGAAGGGGAAAGUGGUGACCAAUAAUCGGACGCUUUCUUUGGGUCAAGAUAGGUAA